AUGGCGGCGGGGGCGGCGCCGCAGGGGGCGCCGACGGUGGAGGAGCAGGAGGAGGCGGCGGGGGUGGGGAUCCUGCUGCAGAUAUCGAUGCUGGUGCUGGCGUUCGUGCUCAGCCACCUCCUCCGCCGCCGCAGGGUCUACUACCUCCCCGAGGCCAGCGCGUCGCUCCUCAUCGGGUUGAUCGUGGGAGGGCUUGCUAGCGUAUCUAACGCCCAGAAAAGUACAAGGAGAUGGUUCAAUUUCCGGGAGGAGCUCUUCUUUCUGUUCUUGCUGCCUCCUAUCAUAUUCCAGUCCGGCUUCAGCUUAGCACCAAAACCAUUCUUCUCAAACUUUGGUGCUAUUAUUACUUUUGCAAUCGUUGGAACCUUAAUUGCCUCCAUUGUCACCGGUGUUUUAGUCUACCUUGCUGGGUUAAUACAUCUUGUCUAUAGGAUGCCUCUGGUUGAGUGUAUGAUGUUUGGUGCCCUUGUGUCAGCAACUGAUCCUGUAACUGUGCUGUCGAUAUUUCAGGAACUUGGCACGGAUGUGAACCUCUAUGCGCUGGUUUUCGGUGAAUCUGUGCUAAAUGAUGCUAUGGCAAUCUCCUUGUACAGGACUAUGGCAUCUCUGAGGACGAAUGCUUCUAGCCAAAACAUUUUCAUAGUUAUCUUAAGGUUUCUUGAGAACUUCUUUGGGUCAAUGUCAACAGGUGUUGGAGCUGGAUUUAUUUCUGCUCUCCUCUUCAAGUAUUCAACACUCGGUGUUGAGAACCUUUAUAACCUCGAGAGCUGCUUGUUUGUGCUUUUCCCAUACUUCUCGUACAUGCUAGCUGAAGGCUUUGGUCUGUCUGGCAUAGUCUCAAUACUCUUUACUGGAGUCGUGAUGAAGAGAUACACAUUCUCAAACUUGUCAGAGGACUCCCAGCGUUUCACUGCUGCACUUUUCCAUCUGCUUUCGUCAUUAGCAGAAACUUUUGUAUUCAUAUAUAUGGGAUUUGAUAUUGCGAUGGAGCGUCAAAGCUGGUCACACAUUGGGUUCAUAUUUUUCUCAGUUAUCUUCAUAUUAGUUGCAAGGGCUGCAAAUGUUUUCUCGUGUGCUUUCUUGGUAAAUAUGGUACGGCCACCUCAGCGGCAAAUAUCCAGGCAAUAUCAACAGGCACUUUGGUAUAGUGGUCUUAGAGGGGCUAUGGCUUUUGCCCUUGCUCUUCAAUCUGUUCAUGAUCUUCCUGACGGCCAUGGACAGACAAUUCUGAGUGCUACCAUAUCUAUUGUUGUUCUAACAGUACUUCUGAUUGGAGGCUCAACAAGCACAAUGCUUGAAGCUCUGCAUGUUGUGGGAGAUGGUAAUGAUGGUCGUCGCCCUUCUUCACUUGAGGACCAGGAGAACUAUGAGGGGAACAAUAAUGCGGGCAACAUAGAAUUGGGCAAUGAAGAGCGGACUUCUACCACAAGCAAUUUCAAACUGAAACUCCAAGAAAUCCAGAAAAACACGACCUCCUUGGCCGCAUUGGACAGAAACUACCUCACUCCAUUUUUCACAUCUCAAAACGGCGAUAGCGAUGACGACGAACAUGGUCCUAACGGAGCGCCGCGGAGAUCUAACCAGCUGCAAGACCUGGAGAGCCAUGGAUUACCGACUCGAGAGACGGGCUGA